GAUAUUUACCGUUUUUAUUGUAUUGAAUGUAUAUUCAGAGUUUUACUUAAUUACCCCAUUAUGUAACUUUUGCAUAUGUUCAGUGUUCCUCCUCUUAGAAAAACCAUGCAGUGACCAUCAUUGAGCUUUUCCUUUCCGUAAGAUAAAUUCUCCAAAGGGGAAAUACUGAAUCAGAGUUAUGUGUUCUUUCUUUGACACGUGAUAUAAAUUGUUUUCCAAACAAGGCGUGUUUACUACGCACAUUUUUCUAAAUCUGGGUGUUUGUCGGGCUUGCCCCCUGAAAUGCGGGGUGUCAGGUCACUCUCCGUGGUGUUGGGAGACUGCUGCUUCCAGGUGGGCAGCCUUGAGGAGGUGUCUUCAUCUUCAAGCGUCACUUAUCCCGUGUCUCAAAGGGGACUUGUAGUACCUGUUUUAUUGAGUUGUCAUAAGAAUUCAGAGAGCUCAGAAAAUGGUAUUUAGCCGAAAGAAAACAGUCUGAUGAAGAGAUAGCCAGGUGCCUGGGGUCAUAGAGGCCUGGAGGAUUAAUUACAUCUAGGCUUCACCCUUCUAAUUCUCUUCAGUACUGACUCCCAAAAAGCAAAUUUUCUUUGAGUGAGGUACAUCACUAAUAAAAAUAAUAAUUCUUUAUACUUUCUGACACCUUUUAGUUUGCAGACUUCUUUCAACUCCAUGUGUUAAUCAUUGCAACUCAGUGAGGUCAGGCUUUAUUCCACAAACAUUUGUUAUUUGACGAACAUUUGUUAAGCCUCUCCCUCUGCCAGGUACUAUGCUAGGCCCUGGGUGUACAGCAGAGAAAAUAAUAGUGGAAAAAAUCUCUGCUGUCCUGGACCUUAAAUUCUGGUGAGGGAAGCUGUUUUUUUUUUUUUUUAGGGAAGCUGUUUUUAACCGAGCAUGUAUCUCUGCUGUCUGGAAGGGGAAGGCCAAGGACUCGUAGCUGGUAACCAGGGAAGGCAGGGCAGGUCUUCACGCUGUGACUCCAGCCGUCAGCAGACGCGCUAGAUGGAAAGCAACCCACUUUGCUGCCAGCCUUACUCAUCUGAGAUGUGCAUGAGUCGUUUUGAAACGACUGCCAGCACUUGCAAAGCGAGUGGUCUUUCAGAGUGGUUUCAAGGUUCUGAGAUUCUCUGAAAAGGCUGUGGUUUCGUGUGUUGUAUAUAAUUCUCACACAUUCUAGAGUGAAUUUAGGAUAAAGGUAAAAGCAACUGUAGUUUAUGGGGGGAAAAUGGGAAUGUUCUCUUUACUCUCCAUUUCACACUAUAGCCUUGUAGUAAUGAGCCUUCUGCCAGCCCCAUGCUGGUGACUAUCUUAUUUACGAGGAGAAUCUUUAAAACUCUUUUAUUAAAGCUUGGUAAAGAGCACAACUUGAAUUUCCAAUAGGAAAAGGAGAACUAAAACUAGCAACUAGUUUUAUUGUUUGACCGACUUGUGAGAUGGGUAGUCACAGAACAUGACUAUACUGAUGACUGUUUCCAAAGGGACUCCCAGCCUGUGCCAUUUUGAGGUCUUAGGUUAGGUUUCCAUUAUUGAAACCUGGUAUCUGGAGACUGAAACCCUAGAGACCAUAGUCAGUGAUGAAGGACAUUUAAACCAUGACCAUUAAUGAAAGGUUCCAGGAAAAGAGAAUACACAGAGGCAAGAGAGCCAUCUUGAGAUAGGUCGAGGACUGCCCUGGGGAGAAGGAAUUUGGGGUUUCCCAUAAAUCUUCAAAGAAAGGACAAGGCUCAGGAUGGGGAGGCUGCUGGGAGAGGAAUCUGUGUGUUCUAAGGCUGGACCCUUAGGAUGUGGGCAUCAGGCCCGGGACUGUUCAGGUAUCUGGAGUGGCUCCUUGGUAGGAGUCCUAGAGAUGGACUGAGUUACUUCCAAGAUCUCUUCCUUCCCCUCAGAUAGUUUGAUUCUCAGUGUUCUCUCAAGAACGUCCUCUCAAGAACGUCCUCUCAAGAACACUGUUGUCCUUUAAGAAGCUUCUUAAUUUGAAGGUUAGGGGAUGUAGAAAAGUGGCCAUCCCAUGCAUAUUAUGUACUCGUUCGAUAGAUAACCAAAAUAUUAACAAGUUGACUCAUCAGAGCUUCCAUUUACCACGCGUAUCCUGUAUGUGGGGCACUGUGUUAAGUGCCGUACAGGAACUCAUCUUACAGUGACCCUGUAAGGUCAGUAUUCGCAGUUGCAUGGAUGAGGGGGCGGAAGCUGAGAGUGACUAAUUUAUGCGAGGCCUCACAGUGAGUUAAGGGGAAGUAGGAGCUGAGAUGCAAACCUGGGUUUGACUCCAAAGCCUGUAUUCAUAACUACAGGAGAAUGAGUUGUAUUUUUGUUGUGGUUUCCUCUUCCAGACUCUGUUCCUAAACACAGGCAUAGAAGAGUUGAGAGGUGGUGUUAGAAGACGCCUAGGAUCUCCUCCGAUUCUGAGAGUUGAUGGUUAAAUAUUAUCUCUUUGCUUUGCCCCAGUCACCCUGCCCACGCUGUGCUGUAAAGCUGGCUCGGCACACUUUUUCUGUAGAGGGCCAGGAGGAAUUUUGUUGUCAGAGACUAAAAGGAGGUUGUCGUAAUUGACUUUAAGCAGCAAACAGUAAAACACUGAGCUCUUCAGCUCCACCUUUCUUGCUCUGAGAAUUGGAAAACCAAGAAGGUUUUGAUGUUUUGUGUGGCGCCACCUGAAUCAGAAGCCAAGAUGAACAUAACCAAAGGGGGUCUGGUGUUGUUUUCGGCAAAUUCUAAUUCAUCAUGUAUGGAGCUUUCAAAGAAAAUCGCUGAGCGGCUGGGGGUGGAGAUGGGCAAAGUGCAAGUUUACCAGGAGCCUGACAGAGAAACAAGAGUACAAAUUCAAGAGUCUGUGAGGGGGAAAGAUGUUUUCAUCAUCCAAACUGUUUCAAAGGAUGUGAACACCACCAUCAUGGAGCUCCUUAUCAUGGUGUACGCGUGUAAGACCUCCUGUGCCAAAAGCAUCAUCGGCGUGAUCCCCUACUUUCCUUACAGCAAACAGUGCAAGAUGAGAAAGAGAGGCUCCAUUGUUUCUAAACUGCUAGCUUCCAUGAUGUGCAAAGCUGGUCUGACUCAUCUUAUUACUAUGGAUUUACACCAGAAGGAAAUUCAGGGCUUCUUCAAUAUUCCUGUUGAUAAUUUAAGAGCAUCUCCCUUCUUAUUACAGUAUAUUCAAGAAGAGAUCCCGGAUUACAGAAAUGCAGUGAUUGUGGCCAAGUCUCCAGCCUCGGCUAAGAGGGCACAGUCUUUUGCUGAGCGCCUGCGACUGGGCAUCGCGGUGAUUCACGGAGAAGCGCAGGACGCCGAGUCCGACCUGGUGGACGGGCGGCAUUCCCCGCCCAUGGUCAGGAGCGCCGCCGCCAUCCACCCCAGCCUCGAGAUCCCCAUGCUCAUCCCCAAGGAGAAGCCCCCGAUCACAGUGGUCGGUGACGUGGGAGGAAGGACCGCCGUCAUUGUGGACGACAUUAUUGAUGAUGUGGACAGCUUCCUCGCUGCAGCAGAGACCCUGAAGGAAAGGGGUGCGUAUAAGAUCUUCGUGAUGGCGACUCACGGCUUGUUAUCCUCCGACGCCCCUCGACUGAUCGAGGAAUCUGCCAUCGAUGAGGUGGUGGUUACCAAUACAGUUCCACACGAAAUCCAGAAGCUCCAGUGCCCCAAAAUUAAAACUGUGGAUAUAAGCAUGAUCCUUUCAGAAGCCAUCCGUCGGAUUCACAAUGGGGAGUCCAUGUCCUACCUUUUCAGAAACAUAGGUUUAGAUGACUGAACAGCUUUCCUUUCUUAAAACUCUCAAGGGCCAAACUGGAAUAGUAAGAAUAAGCACUGUGAGGCGUGUGCCUGACUGAUGAUUUCACAGGGACCGUCUGUGUCUUGUUCCUUCCUUUUGUUAAUUCCUAUGAAGAUAGACCAACUUUUUAAUUCCAUUUGGGUGUUUGUGAGUUUAUGGGGGCAAUUUUUAUAAAAGAAAAACUAUAUUCUCCUCUUAAAUAAAAUAAGUUAAGACCUGGUUGUGUUCAGUUUACCUGUUGAAAAAAUAACUUGGAAAAAAGAUUUUAAGCUCACAAACAACCUUUUCCCAAAGUUGCUGGAGCCCAGGUGCUUUAAAAAGUUAAUAAAAUAAAAUGAUAUACUGUAUGAUAAUGCAGGUGAAAAGCCAAAAAGGUUAUGCUGUUAAGUCCAGUAAAUUACAUUUUUAGAAAUGCUGUUAUAGACACGCAUAUGGAAUAUGUGACCGUUAUUUAUUUUCUGCAACAAAAGAAGGAAUAAAAACUGUAUCUGUG